AUGCGCUUCAAUACUUUUGCCCUCUCGGCCCUUCUGGCAGUCUCUGCCUCCGCCCUCCCUCUCGCCAAGCCCGACUUCCAAGUCGUCGAGGAGACCGUCUGGGAGACUGUCUAUGAAACCGUCUGGGAAACCGCUAAGCCGACUCUUGUGCCCACCGUCGUCCCCGUCGAGGCCGUCGCCGUUCCUUCCGUCACCAACGCUCCCAGCGUUCCCACUGUCACUUCAUUCUCCACCGCCGCUCUCCCUACCAUCACCAGCAUCCCCACCCUCAGCGUGCCCCAGCCAACCGCUGCCUCCAGCUCCAGCACCCUGAGCCCCAUCCCCACCAGCAUCGUCACCCCGGCCGGCAGCGGCGUCUCCAUCGUCAACAACCUCUCCGAGACCAUCUACCUGUGGGUUGUCUCCGACCAGCCCGGCCCGAUGCAAACCCUUGCCUCCGGCGAGACCUUCAGCGAUACCUGGCUCACCAACUCCAACGGUGGCGGCAUCUCCAUCAAGAUCUCCACCACCGAAGUCUGCGACAGCGUCCUGCAGUUCGAGUACACCCAAUCGGGCGACAUCCUCUUCUGGGAUCUCUCCUCCAUCAACAUGCUCAAGGACUCCGCCUUCGUCGACGCCGGAUUCGCCGUCACUAUCAGCGACCAGUCUUGCCCCACUGCCACCUGCGCUCCCGGGGAUGCCUACUGCGUCGAGUCCUACCAGCUUCCCGACGAUGUCAACACCCUGGCUUGCGGCAUCGACGCCGCUUACACUCUGACCAUCGGUUAG